CGAUGUGCCGAGCGAUCUUCCUGACUCCUGCCCUUCGACACCAGCACAUCCUUCCCCUUCAUCAUCACAUGAACCGGCUAAUCACGGAAUGGGACCUCCACCUGAACGCGUUACGAAUGAUGAUAAUGAGCUUACCGCCACACUGCGCCCUACCCAAUCACGCCGUCCACCUAAGAUAUCUCGUUUUUUCCCCCAGCCUCUAACCGAUCCGUCCUCUUGUCUCCCCUUUCAGCCCAUCUCCGCUCAGACAUUUGGCCUGGUCCAGGAACAACUUGCCCAGGACCCCUUCCGCCUUCUGAUUGCAACUAUCUUCCUGAACCGCACGCGCGGCCAUGUCGCUCUUCCUGUUCUGUUUCAUGUCUUUGAGUGUUACCCAUCUAUCGCAGCGUUUGCGACUGCCGAUCCGACCGAAUUGACCGAGCUAAUUCGCUGUCUGGGGUUUCAACACCAACGCGCUAAGAAGUGCAUUGCCCUCGCACAGACAUGGCUCGCGUGUCCUCCUGCUCGCGGGUGUCGGUAUCGGAAACUCCACUAUCCGAAUACCAAUGAUGGUCGUGAUGUCCGCCCCGAUGAGUGUCUAGAUGAUGAGGAUGAACGUGUGGGAUGGGAGAUUGCGCAUCUUCCCGGUGUGGGUGCUUAUUCGUUGGAUAGCUGGAGGAUCUUCUGUCGGGACGAGUUGCGGGGAGUUUGUAAAGGGAAGACAACGGUUGCAUCUGAGGAUGGCAGGGAAAGGGGGGAGGGUGCAGCCAAUGAUAGCGAGGAGGAGGCGGAAUUUGUGCCCGAGUGGAAGAAGGUAUUGCCUAAAGACAAAGAGCUACGGGCUUAUUUGACCUGGAUGUGGUUGAAGGAAGGCUAUGUUUGGGAUUGGCUUACGGGGGAGAAGACGGUGGCCGGAGAGAAGGUGAUGAGAGCCGCUCAGAGGGGUGGAAUUGCCAGAGAAGUCAGGGAUGGAAACUGGAUGCUGGAGACAUCACCGAUGAAGAAAGCAGUCAACGGAUUUACCAUGGAUGGUUAGGAGUUUCCGGAAAGACUUGGUUGCAUUUUCCCUUUGCGCCUUGUUGUAUACAGGUAACGAAGCCUUGUCUUGCUUCCCUCAAUAUGACCAUGGGUUGCGUAAGAGCCCUGAAGGCAAUCAGGCAUUCAAUAUGAGAAGAUCGGCGCAGCGUGGGCUUGAAGAAAUGCGUCCACGGCUGACUUCUUUGGCUGUUUUGCCUCCAAUCCAUCAUAUGACCCAAUCAAUAUUCUUUUCUUCCUUUUAUUGAACAAUCAACAAUGGCUUUGUGAGGUAAUCUUUGGCAUACAAGAUAACAA